UCAUCUUGAAUCCCUACUUUUUCGUUCUCAGAUGCCACUCCCUCAUUCCCACCAUCCAUUUUUAUCAAUAUCCAGCCUGUUUACAAACACCAUCACCGAGAAAACUCAUAGCUCAACACCACCAUUAUGUCGAUGAAAGGUAAAGUAAUCGCCAUCACGGGAGGUGCUUCAGGAAUCGGUCUUGCUACAGCCAAGCUUCUGAGUUUACGUGGCGCCAUCGUCUGCAUUGGUGAUAUAUCCAACGAAUCUCUCGAAACGGCCAUGGAGGGUGGUUUUCUCUCACAAGUCAAGGGCUCGAUAGUGGAUGUGUCAAACCGUAAAUCAGUCGAAGGCUGGAUUGAUGAGAUUGUGAAUGAAUUUGGGAGACUUGAUGGUGCUGCCAAUUGUGCAGGGGUUAUUGGUAAGCAUCAUGGUGUGAGGAAGAUCCAGGAUCUAGAGGAUGAGGAAUGGGACAAGAUCAUUGCGGUUAAUUUGACCGGUAUGAUGUACUCUCUAAGGGCUGAGUUGUCAAAAAUUGAAAAUGGUGGAAGUAUCGUCAAUGUAUCUUCCAUUGCCGGAACGCACGGAUUUGCGAAAAUAGGACCUUAUGUCGCCAGUAAACAUGGAGUCAUCGGUCUCACUCGUACUGCCGCAAUGGAAGUCGGUGAUAGGAAUAUACGAGUGAAUGCUUUAGCUCCUGGUCCAAUUGAUACGCCCAUGAUGGGGCACGCUCGAGAGACUCAUGUACAGGAGGGUGAAUACGACUCUAUCGUCUUGAGAAGACUCGGUACUGCAGAGGAAAUGGCUUCAAUCAUUGCCUUCUUAUUGAGUAGCGAAAGUUCAUAUGUUACUGGGGCAGUAUAUCACGGAGCUGGUGGAAUGAGUGCUUAAUUAUCAUCAUGCAUCGCCUACCACCUGCUGUCAAAAGAAGCAAAAUGGAAUACUAUCAUGGUCGAAGCUUUUGAGUUAUAUUCGAGGGCAAGGGAUUUCAUUUUCUACUUCAAAAAUUCUAUGGCGGCCAAAUACCCUCACUGAAUUUCUUUUAGCAGUGUUCGAUAUUUUAUGAAACAUGUCUCAAGAUUGUACCACUCUAUAACCUCAUGGACAUAUGU